AUGUCUUGUGGGAAGAGCAGUACAAAUGUUACUGUAUAUAAUAAAGAUGCAGAUUUCGUUAGUCUAGCCGAAAGUUAUAUUCAAUUGUCAUUCGAAGGAAGAGAUGAAAUUACUCCAGAAUACGAUGACGAGCUUGACUUUGAAAAAUGGCAGGAAAAACACUGGGAGACACUUUAG